GACAGUGGUUAGUGGUGGUGGUCAAGUGGAUAUACUAGGCUAAAAGCAGGAUGCACUGGAGAAAAGUUGGCGCUAUUAGAAGUAUCACAGUGAAGCCGGAGUUUCAGCCUCGCCAGGGUUACCCCUUUAGCAGCUGGUAUGAGCAACAGCACAGCUGUUGUCCUGUUUCUGGCUACAGCUGUGGUUGUGCAGUGACUGGAAACGAACCCAACCUUUCUGCGUGUGGGACCUCCGGACACCCAACUGAAACUUUAGUUAUGCCUGAGGAAACCACAGCUCUGGUGGAAAACCAAGAUGAAGACCUACUAGAAGAUCCCAAUCUUCAUUUGAAUAUCGAGGAAUUAAACAAAGAGUUUAUGGUGAAAAGUGAAGAACUCUACGACUCUCUCAUGAAUUGCCACUGGCAGCCCCUGGAUACAGUUCACUCUAAAAUCCCAGAUGAGACUCCGCAGAAGCCAGAUGUUCAUUAAGCUACCCAAUGAUCAUAUUAAUUGUAUUCUGUUUUGUUUUUGUUUUUCAAAAAUAUUCUCCCAGGGAUAUACGGGGUUCUGUAUGUAAACACAAAUAUCCAGAACUUAAAUAUGAUUGAAAUGAUAGAACAUAUUGUAAAUAAAUGUUAUCAGCACACCCAUUUCCGAAAGUGUGUUA